UUUUAAAAUGUCAGGAAGCAUCAGAAGAACAUCAGAAGAAUCCUCGUCAUGAGCAUCUCUGCACUUUAUUGGAGCCUAUAAGAACAAAAAACUGAGCUUCAGCAGGUCGUUGUACUGACGCUCCUCUGCAUCUUCCUCCACAGCAGCAGGCCUGAAUAAGUCGACAAAGUUUUUCUGCACCAUUGAAUCCAUGAUUUUGCUCAUCUCGCUGGCAAUGGUCGACUCGGCGUAUCUUCUCGCCAAGUGCUGCUCCUCUUCAUCGAGACUUGACAAAAGACAGGAAUAAAAUUAAUGAGGAUAGCAGCUCCUGAGUUCACAUGGGGAAUAUCUGCAGGAUGAAAAGUCGUUGUCAUGACUCUGAGAGCGACCCUGCUUCCACACAGAGGAUUCAAGCAGACCGCUGACACCGUCGACUUGGACAAAACGCACAUUGGAGCCGCCACUGUGGGUCCUGUGAGCCUGAAGAGGGAGUCCUGCGACUUUGUUAUAGACAUUACAGACUUACAGCGGGGCGAGAUCCCGAGCAAAUCUAGCAAAUUAGACCAGAAUUACAUGACAAGCAAGGUUUCCCUCGCUGCCACAGUCGCAGAAGUAGUUCAAGGAGACAAUAAAACCGUGGGGAUAUUGUCCCCUGUCAGACCAAUGGGGGGUGAGGGAACCCCGGUGAAAGGUAAACCCCUCUCUGUUGACAACAUGGAUAACCCUCAGAUGGCUUUGAACAAUAACCCCAAGGAUGCUGGUGCUGAUGACAGUGCGAAGGGGGUCGUCCCCGGAGUUCUCGGCACGGCAUCCAUUGAACUCUCCUCUGAGGGCAAGUGGAGGAACAUCAGGAAGACCCCCACUAAUCCUCAGACACAGGCGAACUGCCUCCGACAGAUUCUCCUCCUGCAACUGGACCUGAUUGAACAACAGCAACAACAGCUGCAGUCCAAAGACAAGGAGAUAGAUGAGCUCAAAGCAGACAAGGAGACACUGCUUGCACGUAUCGAGCGCAUGGAGCGCCGCCUGCAGCUCACAAGAAAGGACCCGCCGCGUGACAAACGCCUUUUCCAGCCCCUGGAGCCAUGGACGCCGGACAAAGAGGACAUGUGGGAUCUGGAUGUGGAGGAGAGUCCACAGGCCAACCCAUCCACUCCACUCAACUUCAGUCGAGGCGGCAAAGGUCAAAAAAGGAAAUCUUGCUUUGGAGAUGGAAAAGUCCAGAAAUCGCGGGGCAAAAGCACCAAGCUGAGCCCCCAGAAGCCUGAGAUUCAGCCCGGCUCUCCCAAUCAAAGAGAGCUGCGCAGUAAGGAAACCCCAGAGAAGACUGUACCCAUGAGGUCAGGGGCAGAAAAGGACAUUUUGCUCCCGUGCAAAGAGGAGCCUGAGCUGAGCUGUCAGAUGGAAGAUCUGCCCUUCAUGUCUACCACAGAGAUGUAUCUCUGUUGCUGGAACCAACCUCCUCUGUCCCCUCUGCGUGAGACUUCCCCUAAAAAGGAGGAGGAGGUGGCCAGUGAGUGGACUCCUCAUGUAGUACAUGAUAUGCUGAUUGUUUUUCCAUCUUGGAGAGAAAAUUAUAUAGAGCCUUUGGUUGAGGACUCGUCCUUUAACCCCCCUGAGUCGUUGGACGACAACGUGUUUUUGAAGCGUCACAUGAAGCUGGAGUUGGAUGAGAAGAGGAGGAAAAGAUGGGACAUCCAGCGAAUCAGAGAGCAGCGCAUGUUUCAGCGUUUGCAGCAGCGCAUGAACAGGAAGAAAGUCAUCCAGGAGACCGAACCAGAGGUUUCAUCCUUCUAUCCCGACACUGAAGAUGUUGAAACUAUCGUGAUCACUCCCUUCUUGCCUGUGGUUGCGUUCGGCCGACCGUUGCCCAAACUCUCACAACAGAACUUUGAGCUGCCUUGGCUGGACGACCGGAGCCGAUGUCGCAUCGAGGUGCCCAAAAAACACACCCCUCACCGGACCUGUCGGAAGUGAAACCCAACGCAGCGGCUGUUAACAAGAAGGCGAGAUUGCCACUCCGUGCCCCAGAUUACAAAACGCUUUAUUUGUCUUGUCUGGUUGGGGGAAAAAGACAAGAAGUCACCAGUUGCUAUGUUAUAACUGCUGUUGCUUUCAGAGAGUAAACGACUCUCUCUGGUCUCCAUGUGACCCCCUGCCCCCAGCCCCCCCACAGCUUAUCUCCCGCAGAAUAAGGGAGGAGGAUGGCGAUCGGGAGAUAGCUGCGCCAUCAGGGCGUCCUUCAUAAUCUUGAUCUCGUUUACACCAAUGAGACCCUCGACGCCACAAGAUUACCGUCCCCCUCCUCCCCUCCUCCCUCUCUCCUGUUAGCAGCUGUUGAAGAUUACACAUCAGUUUGUAUUCUGGAAAAAAAAACAUGAACCAAGAGUUAUAUGCAUGCUCUGUAACAUGCUCGAAACACAUUUUGUAGCAGCUGUGCUAUCCAAAAUGGAUUCUGUUAAACAGAUGUGGACUGAUGGGGGGGCUGUGGGGGGGGGACUCUAAUCUUGAGCUCAUUCAUGUGAGGGGGAAUAAAAAAACAAACACAUUGGUUGCCAUUUUGACUGAAAAAUAGAGCUUGAACUUGAGCUCUGGAUCGUCCUACCACUCGUUCUCCCUGCCUAGGAAAAAAAAAAAAGUCAAAACCUGACUUGUGCUGUGUAUCGCUUAUAUCGUUGUUCGCACACAACUCCGAAUAAGAUGUUAUCAAUGUGUAAGUGUGAUAUCAGGAGUUUUGAGCCACACUCAGCAUGAUUAUAUUAAAAAAAAAAUUGCAGUUAUUGAGCCGAUUCAUAGUGAGGAAAAUACGCAACCAAAUGAUUGUUCUGUGUUUUCAUGACAACAAAAGAAGACACAGAAAAUGAAGGCAGAGGAGUGAAACCCAGUGUUCUGUUCCCUGGUUUGUUUCUAUUGUUUGUUUCUUUUUUUUUUUUUAAAUGUGAGUUGCAUGGACUCUAUUUAGCUGUAAAACACGUUUCAAUUAAAAAAAAAAAUAAAAUAAAAAAAAAAAAGAUGGUAGCAUGGCUUACCCCGAUUAAAAAGGAGACGUCUCCCUGCUCAUCGGGCUACAGAAACUACAUAAUACUGUUGUUGAAAGCAUGACUCUACGGCUGCUGCCUCAUCGUUAAAGGCAAUCUGAGAAUAACUUAAAGUACUGUUCCUGAUCUUCACUUUUCGUAUCCCCCCCCACCCCUCUCUCAUCUUUACAAAUAACGCUUUAUACAUCCAGUAAAUAUUAGGCGAUUUCUGUGUAUGCAUCGGUCUCUUUAAAGGACGCAGUUAGCUGACAUUCGAGGUUAGCCGUUUUUAGAGGAUAAGAGAAGCUUUCUAGCUGUAGUUCUAGCGAUGUUCAACCAGUUAUGCUCUUUUAACAUGCUGCCAGUUAAUCUCUCCCUCCAGUCGCAGUGUUUUUGAUUUCUGCCGGUGUUUUUCUUCCUUCGCUCGAAUUGUUCACAUAUGAUGCAACGGCUCUCUGCGGCUUUCAAUACUUUCAACCCUGCCGAGCGGAUAUAUAUAUACAUAUAUAUCUAUAUAUAUGUGUGUGUGUGUAGGCAGAUUUUUUUGGGAAAACAAAGUUGAUUCUUUUUUCUGUACAUAGCUUUCAGAAACAAAUGUACAUAAAACAUGGCUGUUAUUUUUUUAUUAUUUAAUGUCAGAAGUGUUGAGUACAUUCAAUAUUGUUCUAUGAUUGUAUGUUGACAAAUUGACAGUUUUGAAAGUUAAAUUUUUUUGGAAUAAAAUUAACAUGUCUACGAUA